AUUGAAUACUCGUGUGGUGCACUCGUCUACCCUAAGUGCGCAGCUGCAAAAGGGGGCGGAGCAAAGUGAGGGGUUGACGUCGAGGGUCAAGGAAACACAGACCUGCAGGGGAAAGCGACCCACAACCCUCUCGGUUACAGCAAAGGAUGGCGGCCGUCAAGCUCUUCUACUUCGAUGGUGCUGGUCGCGGAGAGAUCAUCCGUUUGGUGCUGUCGGCUGCCGGAGUCGAAUUUGAUGAUGUGAGGUUCAAACUGGAAGACUGGCCCAAGUACAAACCAGAGGCACCGUUUGGCCAGUCGCCAUUCAUAGAUUACAAUGGGAAGAAAUAUGCACAGAGUGUGGCAAUAGCCAACUUCUUUGCCCGGGAGAACGGUCUGUAUGGCGCCAGCAACCUGGAAGCAUUCCGCAUUGAUGAAGUGGUGGGACUAGUGCAGGACCUCUUCACGUGUAUGAUCCCAUUCUUCUACGAGAAGGACCCUGCGAAAAAGGAGGAACUCAGAGCCGCGAUGGUGAAGAACGACGCCCCCAGAUUUUUCGGCUUCUUCCAGAAGCUUCUUCAGGAGAAUGGAACUGGAUACCUGGUAGGCAACAAGCUGUCACUCGGGGAUCUGAUAAUCUACGACAUAGCCACACAAAUUCGGAAAUCCUUGGAAUACGACGCGGCCGCCGACUUCCCGGAAAUCAAGACUUUAGUGGACAACGUCGAGGGCAACGAGAACAUCAAGGCCUACAUCGACAGCAGGAAAUGAGAAUCGAGUCUUUUUGUUUUCACCUUAACAUACAAAUAGUAACCUGUGUUUAAAGGUAGUCUCAAAGCUUACUGUUAUACAUAAUACCCAAGUUCUGCAUAAACAUAACAAGCUCGCCAAUGUUUCCGACUUUCCAAGAAUAAGAUGUUGCCAAACUGUCCUUAUAAGUGUUUCAUCCGCUUUACUAAAAGCAAACCUUUUCUUUGCCAACGUCGAACAUGAGAAUUAAAAAAAAAUCCUAAAUAA